GUGCAUUUGGCGCGCUGUAAUCAAAUAUUCCUACAAGGAAGAUUUCGGUGUUGUGAGAUUCAAAGUUUACUGGAUUUAUUUUUUUACAUUCGCUUUCAGACAAGGGAAUGGGGUCCAAAAUAAUUUCAGAAGGAAACAGUUUCGUUAAAUUUCUCAAGUUGUGUCAAGAUGAAAAUAAGGAUAACUCCACAUAUAUGGAUGAUAUUUCGGUACUGUUAGGACAGAAUGAUGAACUUUUGUGCAACAUUAUUAACAAAAAACAGCCUGUCUUUAUCUGUGAGAAAGCACAAGUGAAGUAUGAACCCGAUGCUACAGAUAGUAUGGAUGACAGCAAUCUAGUUGAAGAACCCACUAAAAUAGAGCAAGAUCUUGGGCCUCAGCCCCUCUCUGUUAUGAAAGCAAGGCAGCUGCUGUCAUGGUACACCAUGGCUCAGAACCCCAACAUGCCCCUAAUAGAAGCCCCAGGGACUCUGCACCCUCUCUGGAUCCGUUGUGACAAGUCCGACCCUUGUGCCACAGCCUGGCUUGGAGCAGAGACUAUCUACAGUGGAAAUAAGCCAACUGGAAUCAAACUGUUUACAGUCAGCUGCAAAGGUCCAACAGGAGAUGACGCAUCAUUUACCACUUUGGAUGACCUUAAACAAGAGCAUCAGAAAAGACACCAUCCUUCUGCUAUGGCGACCAAAGGAUGGGCACAGUACAACCUGUUCUGCUCCAUGAAAGAGGAAAGCAUGGUGUUUGAGUCGCAGAGCAGUGUAAUAGCCAAUCUUAAAUGGAACAAUGUGGAGAAAAUUUUGGAGUGUCCUCCAUUGUCUUCUGUGGCAACUCUGAAUAUCAAAGUUGCAGUUGGAGACAUAAGGAGUUCAAUGUAUCAGACCCACAAAGAGAUGGAGUUCCUUCUAGCGCUGGCAGAGGGUUUGAGGACAGGAGAAACUGAAUGGAUAGAACCCAUGGAGACUCAAUCUGCUGUGGACUUAACCAGAGCUCUUAUAGAGGAGCUUGAGAGUAUUGCACAUGGAGGGCUAGGAAAUGCUGCUAAAGCUUCUGAGCAGAGCCAAAGGGCUAAGAUGGAUGCUACAGCUGCCUUCAGUUCAAUGGUUAUUGAGAGAGGAGACUUGGACUUUACAGAACAGCUCUGGGAAAAGAUGAGGAGGAGUGUAACAUCAUAUCAAGACGUAACAGAUUGUCUAAAAAUUGUCAUCAAAGCAAUAAGACACGGUCAAAUCAAACCUUGGAUCCACAAAGACAGCAGUAGCUCUCUCAGUAAACUGAUCCUUAAGUCAUACCAGCAGCAGAUAGAUGCAGUGCCUCUUACUGGUCUCACACCUGCUAAUAUGCUGCUCGAGCUGGGCUUGGAUAAGAUAAGGAAAGACUUCAUCAAUUAUCUUGUUGGAAAGGAACUGACAACACUUAACUAUUUGAGUUACUACUUAGACACCGAUGUGGACCUGCAGGAGCAGGUGAUAAGAGUGAGGAAACUACACCACCUGCUGGAGAUCCUGGGCACCUGCAGCACUUUCCUCAGUCUGCCACAUGACCGCCUCUUCCUGUUUACUCAAUCUUGUUUGCAGUACUACAAAACUUCCAACUAUGAUGAAGACCAUGUGUUCCAAUUGCAGAUUAAGCCUGCGCUCAUUAGCUACUUUUAUGAGAAAGAGCAGCCGUUCUUUUGGGCUGUGGAGGUGUUGAGUGGACAAGGGUCACGGGAGGUGAAGACAUCAUAUCACCUCAGUGACAAGUCAUUAGUGGACCACGUCAGUUUUGACUUGGAUUUAUCUUUGGAUGCUUCUGUGAGUGGAGAGAAUGAGAUGAUGUCUUACUACAGAACUAUGGUGAGCUGCAGUCUCAUCAGCUUCACUUAACAGCGAUGGACAUUCUCAUAGAUGGAUCCUCCUUUCAGAAGCAACUAUAUAAUCUGUCCUGUGUAUGUAUUUAACUUGCCUGUAUACUUUUCAUAAUUAUGCCACAUUUAAUACACCAUUAAAAAACUUUAUUUAUAAUA